CCCCGGAGCCGGGCAGGCCUCGUUGCUGUCGGGACCUCAUUGGCUUCCAUUUCCUAAGGGAGACAUAAAAUGACGAAGAGGAAGAAAUCACCAACUUCAGGGGAAGGCGAUUGCCCUCCGAAAGCCCCCAAGACCCCAAGGCUGGGGGACUCCGAUGGGGGCUCUCGGAGCCCCACGCCGCCUGGUUUGCAUCACCUGGAAGAGGCAGAAUGCAGACCCACUCCAGCCACAACGCAGAGCCAGGAGCAGCCAGGACCAGCCAGGGCCAGCUUCCAGGCUGGGGACACAGCAGCUACCUCCAGGGGCCACCAGGGGCCAGUGGAGAAGGAGGACCCACCAGCAUCUUCUCCCCUAUCUCAGGCUGUCGCCCUCCGAGACCAGAAGGGAGCUGGGAGGUUUGUCCCCCAGUUUGCAAAAUCCAGGAAGCCGGGGACAGCAGCAGCCAUGGCGCCGAGAAGGCCAGAGGGCGAGUUGGAGGCCCCGGGGGACAGCUGGACACUCAGCCUGGAGAAGCUGUCAGAGCCCAGCACACAGCAGGCGGGGAGCCAGCAGCUGGCUGGGUCUGGACAGGAACCGCAGGGCCUGGGAGAGGAGAUGCAGCCAGAUUGUACCAGCCCCGAACAGAGUGACCAGGACCCCGUGCCCAGCAGCGAGGAUGCCCAGCCCGCGGUCUCCCUUCGAGAGGAGCCAUGGCCUUUGAUCUCCCCGGGGCCUGGCCAGGACCCCGUGCCCAGCAGCGAGGAUGCCCAGCCCACAGUCUCCCCGGGGCCUUGCCAGGACCCCGUGCCCAGCAGCGAGGAUGCCCAGCCCGUGGUCUCCCUACAAGAGGAGCCAUGGCCUUUGAUCUCCCCGGGGCCUGGCCUGGACCCCAUGCCCAGCAGCGAGGAUGCCCAGCCCAUGGUCUCCCUACAAGAGGAGCCAUGGACCUUGACCUCCCAGAGGCCUGGCCAAGACCCCGUGCCCAGCAGCAAGGAUGCCCAGCCCGCGGUCUCCCCGGCGCCUGGCCAGGACCCCGUGCCCAGCAGUGAAGAUGUGCAGCCCACGGUCUCCCUACAAGAGGAGCCAUGGCCCUUGACCUGCCAGGGGCCUGGCCAGGACCCCGUGCCCAGCAGCGAGGAUGCCCAGCCCAUGGUCUCCCCGGUGCCUGGCCAGGCCCCCGUGCCCAGCACGCCAGGUAGUGGGGAAGGCCUGGAGAGCAGCAGGUCUGACCCCGAGGGGGCUCAGCUCCUGGGGGACAGUCACAACCAGCCAGGGUCCCCGCCGAGCAGUGAGGCUGAGGGAGGAGCCGCUCUCGAGGGAGGCACCCAAGGGCGCACGGCAGGGGCUGCGCUGCCCCAGAGACCUCUAGAGGAAGAAGACGGUGUCCCCAGCACCCUAACAUCAGCUUCCGUCUCAGGCCCCACCAGUCCACAGGAAACGCCCAGUGGGGCAGGGGGGGAGGCCGAGGGGGGCCUCGGCAGCCCCGGGUGCUCUUCUCAGGUGGCUGCUGUCAUUGUGGAUGCUCCCAGUGUGAGGCCCCCCGCGCCAGAGCAGAGGGCUCUGUGGGUGGCUGGAGCUGCCACCAAGCCACCCACCUCCCCCAGCAGUGAGGCCCUGCUGAGGGACAUGCUAGGAGGUGCAGGGAAGGCAGGGCAGGAAGACAACCGUGACGAAAUCCUUGUGGGGCCCCGGAAUGGUGACCCCCUGAUAGACCCAGCUCCUGGGCUCAAGCUCCUGCCCCAUGCUGCUGCUGCUGCUGCGGUCCAGGCCGCUGCCGUGUGGGAGGCAUCCUCAGCAGAGGAACUGGACUUCCUGCCCGACAGCCUGAUCCAGGAUGCCUUGGACGGCCCUGACUUGGAAGCCCCGCCUGAACAGGGGUGCCCUGCACUGAACAGGCCAAGUCCGUGCUGGCCCAACCUCAACUCCUGUGCCCCUAGAGAUGCUGUCGCAGUGGCCAAGCCACCGCAGAGACCCUGCACACCCCCGGAGGCCUGCCCGCUGCAGGAUGCCAGUGACACGGUCCGCGGCCUGGUGCUGGAGCUCUCCAAUCUCAACCGCCUGAUCAUGAGCGCCCACCGUGACCUGGAUGCCUUCAGGCGCCUGCAGCACCGGAAGCCAAAAGCCACGGCGGCAGGGGAAGCUGGCCCAGGCCUUGCACCCUACGCCCGCCAGAGGGCCGGGGCGCCCCCGCAGCAGCUCUGGAAAGACCUGUAGGGCAGCCCCCUCCCA